AUGAAAAUAACAAAAACAGUGAUUCGCGUUUUGCAUCCAUAUUAUCGUCUUCGUCCAGACCAGUGGGGAUGGCAAAAUUCAAUACGACACAAUUUGAGCCUUCAUGACUGUUUUGUAAAGCUGCCGUUGAAACAAACGUCUGCAAGCGGCGUAAUGGGUCAUUUUUGGACUGUGAUCCCCGAGCUCGGUGAUAAGCAAACUCUAAGACGUAGAAAUCGUGGCGGGGCACGUGGAGGUAAUCGAAAUGCGGCAUCCGCGAAUUUAUCGUCAGCCAAUAACCAUACAAAUAAUGAUCGAUGUGGGAAAGGGAAUGACAAGAAUUCACAACUGUUGAAUAAAGAUGGAAAUAGUGUUAGUUCUGAUACAAAUCUUAGCGAUCAAAGUGCAAGAUGCAGUCCAGAAACAACUUCGAUUAGCCCUUCAUCUACAAGCGGUUUGAAAAGUCCUUCCGUUAUAGAUCAACAGCAGCUUAAUACAGCUUUACUUAAGCCGUUUCCAUCAUAUCUGAAUGCGUCAAAUGGCACAAAUAAAACAACUUCGUCAACUACCAGUCCAGUUGAAGCAGCAGCCACUUUGUCAAAACUUCAAUCAGCAUUGUCCAACGCUAUGGUAUCGGCUUCGCUGAAUAACAGUUCUAGCUUGGAAACGUUGUUCAAUAGCGAAGAAUAUAAACUGUAUGCGCAACAACUUAUUAACGCAUACAUGUAUCAACAGGUGGGGGAUUCAUGCUAUGCAUUAAUGGCAUCACUACAACAACUUGCUGAAUUGGCACCACACGUCACUCCUGCUCUGACAGCCGCUGCUGCUGGAUACACACCAACCAACCUGCCUUCGCCGGCUGCAGUUGCAGCAACAGCUGCAAUAAAUCCUCCUGCAGUCUCAACACCUCAACUCUCUUCGCCAACUGCAACAGCAGCUUCACCGUCGCUUUUAAAUGGCUUAAAUUUACCAGUGAAAAGUGAGCCGCAAUCAUCGUUCAUGAUAUAA